GCUUCGCUUUCGAACCAUGGGUCCCAAAAUGAAAUGCGCCGCAUUCAUAAUCACCUAUGUCUAUGCUCUGGCCGUUGCUGGGGCCACCAUCGGAGUGUGUCAUCUCAUCUCGCAAAUCACCCAAAAUGAUCCGAUGCCUAAGCUCGGCAAACUUGAAGCUGAUGCUGAUUGUGCAGUCAACAAAACUACUGAUCCCGACUGCUUGGUGGUUUCCUCCAUCGGCCGACUCGCAACACAAUCAGCUUGGCAGCAAGUCCUAAUGAGCAUUUCUGCUUCUCUCGCAGUCGUCUCCUUUCUCGGGACACUUUUGGUGGUAACGCUUUUUCCAGGUUACGUGAAAUACCUUGUGCGUCUGCAGAGUAAGAACCAGCCUGCUUAA